CUUCACAGUUGAGUCAAAAUUUCAGUGGUGCGGAAAAUAUGGGCUCCAAAGCCUUACUGAUACGAAAUGUGAAUCGUAUUAUCAAUAACUCUUCGCAGUGCAAGUAUCUUUCUUCCACCUCAACUCUGAGUAGAGCUUCGAAAUCAAAAGACGAAAAGUCCGUGGAGGUUUACAAACCUUUGCGUGAAAGUUUGCACGAUGUGAUGAGAGGUAGAGAACAGAUUCAACAUGACAAGGAUUUGAAUAACUACAUCACCAUCGAAAGUGAAUUAGAUGCUGUUGGUAUAUGUUCUGGUGUACCAGAGGAGCACAUCAAGACGAGAACUGUUCGCAUCUACAUGCCAUCAAAAAAUGCCAUGCAGUCUGGAAUAGACAACACUCAUCACUGGCAAAUUUGUUUUGAUACCAGAGAGCGCUGGGAAAAUCCACUCAUGGGAUGGUGUUCUUCGGGAGAUCCCUUACAAGCAACAAGAGUAAACUUUCCUACACAGGAGGAUGCUAUAAGACAUUGUGAAAACAUGGGAUGGAAUUAUUUUGUUCAGCAACCCAAUGAAAACAAUCCAAAACCACGUACCUAUGGAGCUAAUUUCUCAUGGGACAAGCGUACAAGAGUAUCAACAAAGUAAUGUUUGUCUAUAGUUAGAUAAACGUGUGUAAUUAGGAUUGAAAGUAAUGAUUCCGAUCAAUUUAAAAGUGUUAUCGUAGCAAAAGAUAAGAAGUUGCGCAAAUAAAAUAAAUAUGAAUUAAUA